AUGCAUCAAGACCAGCAAAAACGCCUGUUUCAGGCGCGAAUUAUCGCGAGUAUCGCUGCGACUGUCAUGUCGUUGGCUUGCGGUACCAAUUACGUUUACUCGGCUUGGUCUCCGCAAUUCGCGGAACGAUUGAAGUUGUCAUCUACCGAGAGCAACUUGAUCGGUCUAUCUGGUAACCUGGGCAUGUAUACUUUGGGUAUGCCUAUAGGUGCAUUCGUCGAUCAUAAGGGCCCUCGACCUGCUGUUCUUGCCGGUGCUGUCCUCAUGCUCCUUGGCUAUUUUCCGCUUCACCAAGCCUAUCAUCGUGGCUCUGGCUCAGUAUUGCUUAUGUGUGUCUUCUCCUACAUGACUGGCUUGGGUAGCUGUAUGGCAUUCGCUGCUGCUGUCAAGACGUCUGCUCUCAACUGGCCCAAGAACCGUGGAACGGCCACGGCGUUCCCUUUGGCAGCCUUCGGUCUGAGUGCCUUCUUCUUCUCUUUCCUGGGUGCUGUCUUCUUCCCUGGCGAUCCCAGCGCUUUCCUUGAGCUUCUUGCUUGGGGUACCUUUGGCCUCACCUUUGGCAGCUUCUUCUUCCUCAAGGUUUACCACGACCAACCCGAGUAUGAGGCCGUACCCGCAUCGGAGGAUACACAGAGCGUCCCAUCAUCUUCUUCUCAGCAAUUCCGACCUGGCUCUUCAGAGGAGCCGAAGCCUUUCCACUCGCCCCGAGUGAACAAUGAACCCGGUAUGUUAACUAAUUCCAGUAGUAAUAGCACCCGUACCAGUACGGGCUCGUACGCACCCGCUGUACCAUCCUCAUCCACCACCGCCCCGGAUCCGACGGUCUCUCCUGGAUAUCCAUUUGCGCCUGAAAUCGGCCUUGUGGUCGCCCCCGAGAACCCUGAGGACCUCGAGGUUGGCGAGACGUCGCCCCUGAUUUCUCGCCCCACAUCACGAACCGAACAACCCCUUCUUGGAAACAAUAAUAUUAAUAGCGAUGGAUAUCACCAUGUAGACAUUCGAGGUCUCGCCCUCUUGCGCAGCAUCAGCUUUUGGCACCUCUUCAUCAUCAUGGGUAUUUUGGCAGGCGUUGGUCUCAUGACCAUCAACAACAUCGGAAAUGACGCCAAAGCUCUUUGGAAAUACUAUGACAAGAACGUCACCGACGAUUCUCUCGUUCAUCGACAGCAAAUGCAUGUAUCGACCCUGUCUAUCUGCAGCUUCCUCGGCAGAUUGUCAAGUGGUGUCGGUUCCGAUUUCUUAGUCAACAAACUCCACGCCAGCAGGCUCUGGUGUCUCGUUGCUGCAUGCGCCAUCUUCAUCUUCGCUCAAGUAUGCGCAUUGAACGUCGAGAAUCCACACUGGCUUGGGCUCGUCUCGGGCCCGUCUGGUCUGGCUUAUGGCUUCCUCUUUGGAGUAUCUCCAUCUCUUGUCGCCGAAACUUUUGGCGUUCAUGGAUUAAGCCAGAACUGGGGCUUCCUGACCAUGGCUCCCGUUUUCUCGUCCAAUAUCUUCAACAUAUUUUAUGGUAGAAUCUACGACGCACAUAGCGUGGUCGGUGAAGAUGGCGAGCGCUCCUGUAUGGAAGGCUUGGAAUGCUACCGUUCCGCGUAUUGGGUCACAUUACUAGCAUGCUGCGCUGGAACCGGUAUCACUUUUUGGGCGAUUCGCCACCGACACGCGAAGCAUCUGAGGGCGAUGGAUAAAGGUGAAGAGGAGGAUUAA